UGGGUUGUAAAGGGCGGAGUUAAUAACAAAAACUGACGGGUUCUUCUGUUGCUUCCUCCUGUUAAGCAUCCGUUUUAGUCCGCAUGUCGGUGUAGACCACAAGGAGAGAAGCUGUCCAUACGUGAUGAAACACUUGUAAAAUAUGAGGAGAGAGAUUGCAGCUGUGGUGUUCUUUCUGAAGAGGCUUGUGAAAAAGGGGGAGAAGUUGGAAGCGGAGAUGGUCGAGCUGUUUGUUGAGAGGCUGGCUGUGGCACUGCAGGAGAAGUUUAAGGGGCACUGGUAUCCUGAAAACCCCAGCAAGGGACAAGCAUACAGGUGCAUCCGAGUGAACAGAUUUCACAAGCAGGAUCCAGAGCUCCUUCGGGCCUGUCGUGAGAGUGGUAUCCAGUACAGUGACCUGGGACUUCCUCGUGAACUCACAUUGUGGGCGGACCCUGGGGAGGUUUGUUGCAGGUAUGGUGAGCAAAAUCCUUGCUUCUCGGUUGCCACUUUCUCAAGUGACGAUGAGGAUGGCAAAGAUGUUUCAAAGAAGGUGACCAGUGCACUGGAGAGGGUGACAUCAGACUACCACUCUGGUUCCUCUUCAGAUGAGGAGAGUGCCCGCACUUCUCCCCUCACUAUCCCCAGCAGAUGCUCUGCUUCCCAGAAAAUGAAUCCAUGUGCUCCUAUAUGGCAUCCCAAAAAGAUGGUACCAGGAAAAGGUCAUAUCCUUCCACAGCCCCACUACAGCUACAGGCCUCGGAAUAGAGCCCCACACAGUUUGAGGAACAACCUGUGGGUCCCUACUGUGUACAGGGGAGGGCCUGGAUAUUGGGAAACACACAAAAAUCUGGCACAUUGUUACAGUUAGGAAUCAUGGUGCUUAUUGUUCACACUGGACAUUAAACCUGAAGGCAACUUUAAUAUGACUGACCAUUUGUUGUUGUUUCUUUUUAAACAUGAACUUUUUAUAAAUGUUUUUUUGACAAAGUCUGUUUUGCACUUUAGACUAUUUGUUAUAGUUGGAGGAAAUCACUUGUAUUAAAUUAGAUAUUGAUAUUGGAAUACUACACGUAUAGUCUUGAAGUACUGUAUUUUUACUAAGGGAAAUGUUUAUGUUUGCCACUGACUGUCCUUUGUGAUAAAGUGUUUUAUUUAUUCAUAGUGAAGAGUUGUGUCAGAAGUAAAGGCUUAAAUUUAUGGAGUUUUAUUAAAUACUUCUAGCAUCACAACACACACUUUGAUUUUCUCCCCUAUACUGUGUUACCUUCUGUUUGUCUUUGUGUUACCACCUAUCAACUUGCUACCAAUCAGUGCAAAUAUCACACUUUCUUUUAACUCCAUUGAUUUUUUAAAAAAAUUAUUAUUAUUGUUCCCCCUGUAUGUUUUGGUGUCAACUAGAAAAUACUCAAACCCGCGCACACACAGUGUCUCGCCCUGGUGUCGUGUGUAUGAGGUCCAAUAUCAGGACAGAAAUUCUGGCUUUUUGGGCAAAGAGCUGUUGCUCAGUUCCUAACUGAUCUCAACUAAAUGUUGCGUGACUCUUCAGUCACAUUCAAUAACAUACCUGAGACAUACAUAUUAAAAUGGUCACAGAUGUGGGGGAUGUGACGAAAUCUUUUGAGCAUCAGCUAACCUGCUGGAUGGGGCUCCCACACCAGCGGCAGACUGAAACAUUGCACAGCACAGUUUGACAGCUGCUCUCUUAUUUGAAAGGGGAUUCCACAGUGGGCCCUCUCCUUGCUUGAUUUGGUGGAUUUUUCACACGGGCUGCCAUUCUGCCUGCAAAAAAUCAAGAUAUUUGUCUCUGCAGGGGAUCAAACCUGUGAUCUUUUACUUAAUAGGCAAAUGUGUAAACUAGAUAAACAUUUUUCAGAGGAUGUGACGUAACAGUAAUCAUAUCAGGGUAAAUAUUUUGGUAAACACACCUUUGUGGUACAGGUUUAAUUGUUUUUACUGGCACAGCCAGGGUGACCGUCACGCACACAGGGAUAGUUCCUCUGGCCUGAAAAGAAAAAGAUGUUUCCACAAGUCAUUGCAUGUUAGUUAUGUUUAUAGUUUCCUAAUGAUGAAGUUACUUAAAACUGCAGGCACUCUGGCUGAUAACCUGUCAUUAGCUCUACAGUCAAUUUCUAUAUAUAAUUAAUAAUUGUCAUAUUCUGCUGUGCACUUAUUUAAUUUUAGAAGAUUCAAUGUCAGGACAGAUGUGAAACUGAAAAUAAGCUUUUAAUGCUGAUAGUUCAGUGCAAAGAAGAUAAAGGAACAGAGCGAGGAGACAAAACUACAUGGAUGACGUGACAAUGACAGAACAGGCAGAGGGUUUUAUUUUAGUUGAUUCUAUGCUGUUUUAUCUUGUUUUGGGGUUUUUUUUAAUAUAGGGCUGUUUUAAUUUUUAUGUAUUUUGUGUUUUAUUUAUUUAUUUUUGCUGUUUUGUGUUAUUCUAUUGCUUUUAACUUAUUUUCUGUACAGCACUUUGGUCCUGUGCUGGGGAUUUUAAAGUGCUUUAUGAAUAAAAUUGGAUUGGAGAGGGAACAGAAAAACAAAGGACCUAAAUAACCUUCAGAGCCAUCACUAUCAAGAACUGAAGACUCAUCAUACGGGACUUCUAAAUACAAUGAACUAAACUAAAGCAACAACACUACAAAUAGUAAGAAGAGUAAGUGAAUAUCAACGGCAGCAAAGGCAACUAAUGAACCAAACCCAAAAACUCAAAACCACGAUCCAGGGACCAUGACAAUGACCAACACAAAGUAACACAUCACUGAUCGAUGUGCAAAGCUGGGAGAGACUCACUCCAAAAGACUUGCAGCUGUAAGUGCCGAUGGUUGGACAGAAUAUUGGUUCUUCAUGUUUGAUGUGCAAAUAUCAAUUAACACAUUUAUUAAUUUUUUCUCUAAUUUAGUACAUUUAAAACACAAGAGUGUGAUACAUUUUUACAAUGAAAAUUAAUUACAAAGCCAACAGCCUUUCCAGAGAGACCCACUGAUGUAACGUCACCUUCCUCUGCUGUAAAACCUCACAUCAAAACUGCUUUCUGUAAGAAUAUGUAGAAGAUUGGAGCUCAACCUGUAGGAGGACUCCAGGGCUACCACAAUACAACAGGGCUCCUUUUAGCCCUCCUCCUGCACCAGUUAUCAUUAUUACAGAGUACCCGAAGACCUUAAGGGGAAGAAAAAGGAGUCUUCUGAAAACUUAGUAAAACUCAAUGUAAAGCCCACAGAAACCGAUCCUGUGUUUCAGAACAAAUACCUAAUAACUUCUGACAAAGAAGACCUGAAUAAUUUAGCAAUAAUUCUAAAUAUAAAAACAAAAAACCAUACGUGUAUUUCAGCUGUUUAUUUCUGCCACCUGGAAACAUCUGAAGCUGUGGUGGGGAGGAGGUCACUAAACAAACAGCAACUCUUAACACACUCUGAUCUACUUCGUUGUGCACCUCCGUCCUAUCUGGCACAGGUUCCCCGUCUGUCACAGGCCUAACACAGAAAGAUCACCAUUCACAGUCAUGGCCAAAUUAGAACUACAAGCUAACCUAAUGUGCAUGAUUUGAACUGUGUGAGGAAGCUGGAGCAUCCAGACACAACCAGUGCAGGCACAAGGAGAACAGGAAGCAGGAACCCGCUUCCUGUAAGGUGACAGUGCUAACCACUGCCCCACUGUUUCAUGUUAUACACAACAUUAUUUUUAAUUGAAAUUGUACAGUACUGUGUCUUUUUUAAAGUGAUCUUGAGCAAUACUGUUCCAGAUUCCCUGGAGGUCUUUCAAAGUUUACUUUGGACAUUGGCUACUUUUUCGCUUAUUUUCCAUCCAGUCGUUGUGCCUGACCAUUUUCAGAGGAAGGUUAACAAACAAUUUAAAAUUGUAUCUUUAGGAACUAUAUUACUACCAGCCAAAGGGUGAGAUAUGCAAAAUCACACAAGACCUGGACUAAAAAUCAGUGGCAACGAUGUUAUGGGGAGAUUAAUCCACACUUGAAAGUUUAGUUUAAACUGUGUUUAAUAUGUUUGAAGGUCAGGAGAGAAGUACAACAGUGAGUCUACAGAAAUCUGUAAAACACGGUAGAGAUCAAAGCCUGGAGAACUAUUUCUGAACACUACUUAAAGAAGUUACAGGAAAGCUUGUCUGGGAGAGUUAAGUCUGUGUUGAAUAAUAAAGGUUGUCAAACAUUGACUUUCAAGCUUUUCAGAAACUCUCUUGUUGGCUUACAUACUGUAUUUUCUAUUUAUUUGUGCACUUGUUUCAAAGCUGCUGCAGUGCCUUCACAAUAUAAUGUAAAGAAAUGACAGUGGUUCAUGACAUGUGGUAUUUCUUUUGAUUUCAGAUUAGUUUGGAUCUUAUUAACAUAUUUGCUUUUUCUUAUUCAAUCAAUUUGCUACACGUUUGCUGUGUUUAACUUAUUUUUUAACUGUGGUCACAAAUAUAUUUCCCAGUUUGUGUAUUCCUCACACAUGUGAGGCUUUUGCUCAAGUUUUGUCUGGUUGUCUCUUAUAGUGUGUCUUUUGUCUCCUCUCCUUCUUCUCUUCCCUUUCAUCCCAAAUUGGUCACGGCGGAUGGCUGCCCCUGUUCAAAGGGAGUUUUUCCUCCCCACUUUCACCAAGUGCUUGCUCAUCAUGAUCGUCUGAUUGUUAGUUUCAACAUAAAGCACCUUGAGGCAACAGCUGACCUGAUGCUAUAUAAGUAUAAUCACACUCAUUCCAGCUGGAUGGCAGGGAGUCAAGUUGUGGAAUGUAGCUGAGAACUGUUACUCAAAUGUUUUACAGUACGAAAUGUGUCAUCGUACUUCUGCUCUACUACAUUUCCCGAUCAUUUAUUAACAGCUUUAGUUGCUUACUUAUUUUGCAGAUUUUUACAGAUUACAUUCUACAUAAAACUGCCCAGCUCAAUAUAAGUAAUUAAAAUAACUUUCAGCUGAACAAUACAAUCAAGAAUUCACUGCCAUCAUCCUUACUUGAGUAUGUCUUGAGGCUAAAUUUCUUGUACUGUUACUUAAGUAGUCUUGUGAUUUAUUUAUUUCGUUUAUUUUUAUUUUAUUUUUAACUAAAGUAAUGUUGUACGAUUGUCAAUUGUUGGACUCUGUAUCCAAUAUUUUAUAUGUCAGUUCUCUUCCAGCACAUCCUCUUGUGGUUUCACAAAAUAAACUUCCGUGAAGAAAAGUUCCCUGAUUGACUGAAGCGGAAUCUUUAGAGAACCAUUGAAGGAAAGGUCCGUGAGGGCCUCUGGCUGGGACACACACAGAGUAGUGCCGUUGUACCGUAAAUCAUUCUUCAAAGAUCCAGCGGAUAAGAAGACACGGGCAGGUUGAGCGAACCGUAGCAUGGGCACCGGCAGGGGGCGUCGCUGGUCGUGGGAUGGAUAGGCCAAGCGGCGGUCACGUGACGCAGUGCGGCGCGCUUCGCUGUGCACCUGCACAGAGUGGAGGACAAGGAGGAGGCGGUGUGGAGUUUGGAUGCUGUGUCGGGGCUGAGCUGCCGAGUCUCACUUCAAAUUCAGCACAAGUUCUUCACCAAGUUUCACUGAACAAGCGGCGGAAUAGUUGAGCAGGAAUGGAGCUUUCGGCGGCCCGGUUGUGUGUCUCACUGUUGAGCCUCUUCGCAGGUAUGAUGACCAGGACAUCUGUUACAGUUGGAAUAGAAAAGGCUAAGUGUCCGAACCACAGCAAGGUCAGCGAGCCACAACAGACAUUUAAUUCCUGCGUUGCAUCUUACCGCCAUGCCAGGAAAUCGACAGCUUGCCCAGCUGCCCUCUGGAGAGAUGAGACUGAACUGACAUUGGCUCUGUGACUGGCUGGUUUAUGAUGGUCAGAACUCACAUUACUGCACAACCUUAAUUAAAUGCUGCUGUUUUAAUAAGCAGUCACAAAGGGGCAGCCCGGCUGCAGUUGUUGCUGGUAAGUUCCUGAGAAACCAGCUGUUAAGUGUCUUAAUGGAGCCCAUGUAUAAUUCAUAGGCACAUGCAGAGGUGCGUAGCUGGCUGGCCUGCUAUGAGUGGCUGAUAAUUGCAAGAAGAAAAGACCCAUCACCAAAUCUCCAGUCACACCGGCACACACGGCACCCAGCUCCUUUAAAAAGUGGCAGGGGAGCAUCACCUCCACAUUUAUUUCAUUUGAGACAAGAUUUAUAAAUGACAGCUGAAGCUAUAACACAACUCAGCAGCUAGACCUGUAGAUUAAUGACCUGUGAACACAUAAAAAAGAUCCUCUGUCUGCCUUCAAUGUCACCCAACAUUUUGUCAACUAAUACAGCCUUUAGGCAGCAGUCCUAUGGUGUUCAGCCCACGUUGGUUCCUUACAGCUCUGAAGCUGUGGGACAUCGAUCCAGCAAGGAAAACUCAUACUUGUGUUAGGUGUGUUUCCUUAUACAUCGCUGCCCAGCUGGGCCUCCCAGAUGGAUGUGUCUGAACUGUAGAGCUUUGCUUGUACCAGAAAACUUCUACAGUUUGCUAGUUUAAACUUUUCCACACCAAGGUAGGUAAACAAUUGUGUAGGUUGUCCUUCACUGACAUAAUCUACUGUAGCUGUAAGCCUGUUCGAGAUGCCCUUAUAAGCAGUGUUUGGCUGCAAGUACAGUCUACUCAGGGUUCAGACCUCUUUAGAUGUCAUCAGGAGCCAUCGGGGACUUUGCUUCUGAGGCAGGUUUCAGGCGGAAACACUCUGCUGCACUCACUACACACUGAGCUGACCUUGACAAAUCUUCUGCAGGUGGAAGCUUGUUUGUAGCAUUUUUUCCCUUUUUCCACACAAGUCAGAGGCAUGGAAACAGUUACAACUUGGAAAUCAAAA